UCAAACCUGCACCCCCUUUCAACGUGACCGUGACCUUCCUGGGAUACUACAACGUCUCUUGGAGAUCCAAUUAUGACGACCCCACCUUCUACGCACUGAGGGGCAAGCUGCAGUACGAAGUGCAGUACAGGAAUCGGGCCGACCCCUGGGCUCGGAGUCCGGGGAGAAAGCUGGUCUCGGUGGAUUCCAGAAGCGUCUCCCUCCUGGCCCGGGAGUUCCGCAGAAACUCGAGCUACGAGCUGCAGGUGCGGGCGGGGCCCCAGCCCGGCUCCUUCUUCCGGGGGACAUGGAGCGAGUGGAGCGACCCUGUCGUCUUUCAGACCCAGGCAGAAGAGACUAAGGGAGGCUGGGACCCUCACCUGCUGCUUCUCCUCCUGGUUGUCAUGGCCCCCAUCCUUGUCUUCUUGGGCCUGAAGAUCCAUCUGCCUUGGAGGCUGUGGAAGAAAGUGUGGGUGCCAGUGCCCAGCCCGGAGCAGUUUUUCCAGCCCCUGUACCAAGGCCACAGUGGAGACUUCAAGAAAUGGGUGGGCACACCCUUCAGUCCCUCCAGCCUGGCUGAGGGACCCUGGGCCCCAAGGGUGAGCUCGGUCCUGGAGGUGCAGGACCACGAAGACCACUCCCUGCACAGUCCCACCAAGGGCCCGGGACCUACGGAGCUGCCCGAGCCAGCAGGGCUGGAGACAGACGGGCCUGAGCCGGGUCCCACCAUGGCCAGCAGCCUGGGCAGCUCGGCUGACAGCCAGGAGAGGGACCGGCCGUACGGCGUGGUGUCCAUCAUAGACACGGUGACCGUGGUGGGUGCAGAGGGGCCCUGCACCUGGCUCUGCACCUGUGGGGAUGAUGGCUACCCAGCCCUGAACCUGGACGUCAACUUGGAGGCAGGCCCAGAGCCCGAGGACCCGCCGGUGGGCUCAGCGACCACAGCCCUCCCUUGCCACUGGGUCUCGGCCUGUGGGCCGGGGCUGGGCAGCUCUGGGAGUGGCCUCCUCGACAGGGUCAAGCUGUCCUUUGCCGGGGAGGAGCCCUGGGCCUCCAGCCCUCCCUGGCAAGGAGGGUCACCUGGAGGUGUCUCCCAGAGCGAGGCAGGCUCACCACCCGCAGGCCUGGACAUGGACACGUUCGACAGUGGCUUUGCAGGCUCGGACUGUGGCAGCCCCGUGGAGUGUGACUUUGCCAGCCCCGUGGACGAGGGGCCUCCCAGGAGCUACCUCCGCCAGUGGGUGGCCAUAGCCCCAGCACCUGCAGGCCCUGGGCCCCAGGCCAGCUAA